GGCAAGCCUGGGGCCGGCUAUUCUCUCAUUUUGUUCAACCAAGUCACAACUGGAGCGAAAUAGCGAAAUAGUGAAUUGAUCCCUGGCCCUCGUCCAUGCCUCGUCCGUGCCUCGUCCGUGCUUCGUCCGUCUCAAUAGAAAGCACUUAGGAUUUACAAUUUGUAUGUUUGACACCCGCCGUCCGAUUAGUGAACACCCGAGUGUCGCCUAUCGCUUGGUUGCUUGAGCGCUCCCAUCUGAUCAGUUCCCUGGAAUUCCUUGAGGUCGAAUCCCCGAAUCGCGGUCCUCCCUCCGGUUCUUCUUUUCAACAAGAUGAGCUCCCUUGAGCUGGACCCUACCGUCAAACCCGAGGCGGGUCAACUGAGCUUCUCCGGCAUCCCGGAGGCCCAAUUCGUCGAGGAUGUGGAUGCCUACAUGAAAGGCGAGGAGAGCGCCGAGGAAAACCUCAAGGUCUUAGAUGAGAAGCAUCAAAAAUACAAGUUCAUGGAGACCAAUCUCUUGUCACGGCGUCGUCGGUUAAAAAAUCAGAUACCAGAUAUCGUGUCCUCGUUAGCCAUGAUCGAUCAACUCAAGGCCAAGGCCUCUAAAUCGGAAGACACCGAAUCGCAGUUUCUCCUCUCCGAUCAGGUCUAUGCUAAGGCCGUGAUCCCGCCCACGGACAAGGUUUGUUUGUGGUUGGGCGCCAAUGUGAUGCUCGAAUACUCCUUAGAAGAUGCGCAAGAAUUGCUCAAGAGCAAUAAAGAGACUGCUCUCAAGAACUUGAGUCAAAUUGCUUUUGAUCUCGACUUUCUGAGAGAUCAGAUGACUAUCACCGAGGUGACCAUGGCCCGCCUCUACAACUGGGAUGUUCGACGCCGGCAACAGGGUAACAGUGAAGGUACCGCGAAGAAAUAAACCCCGAGUCCUCAAAACGCAAAGGUGGAUCCGAUGACAUUCAAAAGCGAUGAAUCUGCCCAAUUGUCACUUGUUUAAGGAUUUAACUCUCAUACUGCUUAACAAGAUUAACUUCAAGACUAUUUCCCCGCCUUGAACAUUUAUAUUUUAUUGUGAACUUACUGAGCGUAAAAUAAUGAUUUACAAUGAUGGA